UGCAUGGCGGAAAAUGCAGGAACACAGACUGUAGAGAGAGAGAGAGAGAGAGAGAGAGAGAGAGCGAGGACGACAGAGAAGUGGACUGUUGAGCCAAAUAACAUAAGAUUAGGAACGGAUGAUCAGACACGCUUAAGCUUAUGGAGGAGAUAAAUUCUAAACCGCGAAAACGAUGACAGGGACGUGAGGAAGGUCCAAGCAGAAGCAUCACCAACCAACAUCAACUACCGAAGCACCAAGUACAGAACUAGCCAUGCUACUCAUACUAUCCUGCUUUUCGAUUUCCAACCCCCACAUGAAAAAUCACUUCCCACAGAAAGCACUUCUCCUCCUUCUCCUUCUCUCCUUCCCAAAAGCACUCCCAAUGGAGCUUGAAAAAAGCAGUGACGGAGCACGCGCCGCCGCAUUCUCCUCCUCCUCCGCCACAAGCAACAUGAAACCCACCCCCGCUGCUGCCAGACCCGACAAGUCAAUCGCUCACUACAGAGAGGACGCCAACCUCUUGGCCGAGUACGAGCAGUCUGCAGUCUCCGGUAAGUCCUUCAACUACACAAGGUCAGUGCUUUUUCCUCCGGAUUCUGUCCCCGAGGAGCAAAUCAGUGCCUACUUAUCGAGAAUCCAAAGGGGUUCUCUCGUCCAAUCCUUUGGCUGUAUGCUUGCAGUUGAAGAACCCACUUUUCGAAUUCUCGGUUUCAGUGAGAAUUGCUAUGAAUUGCUGGGUUUGGAUAAAUUGGAUAGUGUUUUCCAGUCAAAUGAGUUAAAGGGUUUGAUUGGGGUGGAUUGUAGAACUCUGUUUACUCCUCCUUCCGCGGCUUCAUUGACGAAAGCUGCUGCUUCGAGGGAGAUUUCGCUGUUAAACCCGAUUUGGGUGUAUUCCAGGAGUACCCAGAAGCCAUUUUAUGCUAUUUUGCAUAGAAUUGAUGUGGGGAUUAUGGUUGAUUUGGAGCCUGCUAGGUCUGGUGAUCCUGCAUUGUCACUUGCAGGGGCCGUACAGUCACAGAAGCUUGCGGUUCGCGCAAUUUCUAGGCUUCAGUCUCUCCCUGGAGGGGACAUCGGUGUGUUGUGUGACACAGUUGUAGAAGAUGUUCGGAAACUUACUGGAUAUGACAGAGUUAUGGUUUAUAAGUUCCAUGACGAUGAUCACGGUGAGGUUGUGUCUGAAAUUAGGAGGUCAGAUUUGGAGUCUUAUUUGGGUUUGCAUUACCCUGCCACGGAUAUCCCUCAAGCUGCCCGUUUCUUGUUCAAGCAGAAUCGCGUGCGUAUGAUCUGCGAUUGCAAUGCGAAUCCAGUUAAAGUCAUUGAAAGUGAAGAACUGAAGCAACCUCUGUGCUUGGUCAAUUCAACUCUCCGGUCUCCACAUGGCUGCCACAGACAGUACAUGGCGAACAUGGGCUCGAUUGCCUCGUUGGUGAUGGCGGUUAUUAUCAAUGGUAAUGAUUCAACGAAGCUUUGGGGGUUGGUGGUGUGCCACCAUGCUUCCCCCCGCUAUGUCCCUUUUCCUCUUCGCUACGCUUGCGAGUUUCUUAUGCAGGCAUUUGGCGUGCAAAUCUACAUGGAGCUUCAAUUGGCAUCGCAGUUGGCUGAGAAAAAGAUUCUCAGAACACAAACUUUGCUCUGUGACAUGCUCCUCCGUGAUUCCCCAUCCGGUAUUGUGACCCAAUCUCCGAGUAUAAUGAAUCUCGUCAAGUGUGAUGGGGCUGCAUUGUACUAUGGUGGGACAUGCUGGUUGAUGGGUGUAACUCCAACUGAAUCACAGGUUAAAGAUAUAGCAGAGUGGCUGCUAAACAAUCAUGGGGAUUCCACCGGUCUGAGUACCGAUAGUUUGGCGGAAGCUGGUUACCCCGGCGCACCUUUACUGGGCAAUGCAGUUUGUGGUAUGGCUACCGCAAGGGUCAGUUCAAAAGAUUUCUUGUUUUGGUUCAGGUCCCACACGGCAGAGGAAGUUAAAUGGGGAGGAGCUAAGCAUCACCCAGGGGACAAGGAUGACGGUGAAAGGAUGCACCCGAGAUCAUCGUUUAAAGCUUUUCUUGAGAUAGUAAAAACUAGAAGUUUGCCUUGGGAGAUCUCUGAGAUUAAUGCCAUCCACUCUUUGCAGCUCAUCAUGAGAGACUCGUUUCAGGAUAUCGAGGAAACUGGUUCGAAGGCAGUGCAACAGAGUGAUGCUGAGAUGCAGUUGCAGGGGAUAGAUGAACUCAGUUCCGUGGCAUUUGAAAUGGUUAAGUUGAUUGAGACAGCUUCUGUUCCAAUUUUCGGGGUUGAUUCGGAUGGUCUCAUCAAUGGAUGGAACGCAAAAAUAGCUGAGUUGACAGGAUUACAAGAUAGCGAAGCGAUGGGGAAGUCCCUAGUUAAUGAGAUUGUUUAUGAGGACUCGCGUGAAGCUGUUGAAAAUCUUUUACGCAGAGCCUUACAAGGUGAGGAGGACAAGAACAUUGAGCUAAAACUGAGAAAUUUCGGGCUUUCACAGCAUAACUCGGUUGUCUAUAUUGUCGCCAGCACUUGCACAAGUAGGAGUCCUGCAAAGAAUGUUGUCGGUGUAUGCUUUGUGGGUCAGGAUAUUACUUGUGAAAAGGUUGUUAUGGAAAAAUUCAUCCGCUUGCAAGGGGAUUACAAGGCAAUCAUACAAAGUCUUAACCCGUUGAUUCCACCGAUAUUUGCAUCUGACGAGAAUGCCUGCUGCUCUGAAUGGAAUUCAGCCAUGGAAAAGCUUACUGGUUGGACAAGAGAUAACGUUAUUGGUAAAACGCUUCCUGGGGAAAUCUUUGGAGGUCUUUGUCGACUGAGAGGUCAAGAUAUACUGACUAAAUUUAUGAUUAUGUUGUACCAAGGAAUCAGUGGUAAAGAGAUUGAGAAGUUUCCGUUCGGGUUUUUUGAUAGAAAGGGGAAGUUCGUUGAGGCGCUCUUAACAGCUAACAAGAGGACUGAUGCAGGUGGGAAUAUAAUUGGUUGUUUCUGUUUCCUGCAAAUUUUUUUGCCUGACUUGCAGUCGGCCUUGGAAGGACGCAUACAAGAGGAUGGAGAAUGCUUUUCGAAACUUAAGGAGUUAACAUACAUGCGACAAGAGAUGAAAAACGCUUUAAAUGGUAUUCAGUUUGCCCACAGACUCCUUGAAAGUACAACUAUUUCAGAAUAUCAGAAGCAAUUCCUCGACACUAGCAAUGCGUGUGAAAGACAAAUCAUGACAAUCAUCGACGAUAUAGAUGUGAAGAGCAUAGCCGAAGGUAGCGUGAAGCUGAACAUGGAAGAAUUUAUGUUGGGAAGCGUAGUGGACGUCAUUAUUAGCCAAUCAAUGCUCUCGCUGAGGGAAAAGAAUCUGCAGCUCUUUCAUGAGAUUCCAGAAGAAAUUAAGUCACUAUCUUUACAUGGCGAUCAAAUCCGGCUUCAGCUGGUUUUGUCAGAUUUCUUGCUCAAUGUAGUGAAUCACGCACCUUCCUCGAAUGGCUGGGUCGAAAUUAAAAUUUCACCUGGUUUAAAGUUGAUACAGGACGGCAACAAUUACAUCCGCCUCCAGUUCAGAAUGACACACCCCGGCCAGGGCCUUCCAACAGCGCUUGUACAGGAUAUGUUCGAGGGAGGAAACAGAUGGACGACACAAGAAGGUCUCGGACUAAAUCUGUCACGAAAAAUUCUGAAUAGAAUGAAUGGUCAGGUGCAGUAUGUUAGAGAGCACGAUAAGUGUUACUUCCUCGUUAACAUUGAACUUAAACACAAGAAAGAAAGGCAGAGGCUGUGUGUGUCUCAUGAGAGCACAACGACUUGAAUUUCAUGAGAGCGUCUGUGUUUAUUGAGCCUCCAUCUGUUUAGCAUUGUAUUUUACCUUGUUUAGAACAAAAUAAAUAAAUAAAUAUCAUAAGGAUUCGACGUAAGAUAGGAAUGCCGGCUGUCGACUACCUGACGCCCUCCCCCUCCUCCUUUAUCCGGGCUUGAGACCGGCAAUGUAAGAUAAACUUACACAUGUGAAGUUAAAAUAAAUAAAUAAAUAAAUAAAAUAGCAUGUAUCAA